AUGCCGCAUCAAGAAUCCGAGUCGCAGGCUCAGGCCGAGUCUUCAAACGAGCAACUGGAAAGGCUACCCUUCCCGCCGAUCCCGUACUCUCACAUCCUCCAUUGUUCUUAUCAUCACUGGCAACCUCGGUACCGGACGAUCACACCCAAAUCUCGCCUUAUACCCUUGACAGAUCCCUUCGUUUCCUAUCUGCGCGCCGACGGAAUCGUUCUACCACCCGAGAAUACCUCCCCCCAGGAUGAAGAUGACCUCGAUACAUUUUCAGACGAUGGCGCGGACGAGGAGCCAGAUCCAUCCGUAGAGUGGCAGGAUAUCCAUUCGCAAAUCAAGUCUACUAUUUCCGAGUUUGGCGGGAAAGUGACACCCAAGUUGAACUGGAGCGCCCCGAAGGAUGCGGUGUGGAUGUCCGCGACAAACGACCUCCAAUGCCGCACGCCGAACGAUAUAUACCUCCUUCUGAAGAGUAGUGACUUCGUCACACACGACCUGGAGCAUCCCUUCGACGACUGUGUCCCCGAUACCACUGAAACAACGGAGUCGUCUGAUGCCCAACCCGAAAUCCCUUACCACCUUGUUCUCCGCAAGUAUGUCAACUUCAACCCUGCGCUCGAGUUCCGGUGUUUCGUGCGCAACCGUGUACUGCUAUGCAUGUGCCAGCGAGACCAAAACCAUUUCGACUUCCUGUUCGGCUUGCGCGAUACUCUUCGAUCCCGCAUCCAGGCCUUCUUCGAUGAGCACCUCAAGGACUCGUUCCCUGACCCCAAUUUUGUGUUUGAUAUGUACAUUCCCGCACCUUACCAGCGCGUAUGGCUGGUGGACAUCAAUCCAUGGGCACCCAGAACCGACCCCCUUCUCUUCAGCUGGCUAGAGAUUCUCCACAUGAGAGAUCCCAUCGGCAUCCAGGAAGCGGAUGACGACGCCCCGGAGCAGUUCGUUCGAUUAUCCCUCAAUGGCGAUAAUCUGACUAUUCUCGAUGUGGGCGGUAAUGAGGGAUCUGACUCGGGAUCAGAAUCAGAAGCAGAAGCAGAAGGGGAUGCAGAAGACGAUGAUGACUCGCCGUUCCUCCCUGAAUUCCGCCUCAUCAAACGCGACGAUCCGGAAGCAUAUGCUUUCACAACGCCGCAGUACUCUGCGCACAAGCUGCCCCGAGAAGUCGUUGACGCUUCUCUUACUGGACCUGGAGGGAUGAGUGAAUUCCUAGGGAAGUGGCAAGAGAUCCUGGCCAAACAGGAGCAGGAGGAUACGGAAAGUGAGGAUGGACGAUAG